GUUGGAAAAAAAUCAUAAAAAUAACAAUAUACUCACUUGCCUAAUAAUUGUGCAUGUAGUGUGCAUCAUCUGUUUUCAGCAAUGUCCCUGUUGAAGUGAGUCCCUGAUGAGACCAGCAGAUUGUUGAUUCAGUUUGAGGAGGAGCUGCAGGAUGGUGGUGAUGCUGCGUGCUGUCUGAAAUCAGAAACAGAAGGCGAGUGUGGUGGGAUGUUGAUUUGAGUGUGCAGCUGCUGUCCAGUGCAGAUGUCACAUGAUCUCUCUGAUAGAACCGCGUCAGCUGCAGCCUGCUGAGCUACACUCUGUUCUCUGAGUCCUGGUGGUGCAGAGGACACUGCACUCCUGAGGUGGACAGGUGCUUCUUAAUGUUGUGAGACAGAGUUUGCGUCAGGUGGACCGGGGGCUACAAGGACGCAGUAUCAGGGACUGAUACUGUCACAUGACAUCAGGAGGAACGAUGGGAGGCUGCCGGGGCCACAUGAGGGCCCCGUUCAUGUCAGUGAACCCUGUGCUUCAUUUACCCACACCAGUGACCACAGACCAGUCCAGACUGUGUCCGGAGGGGGCCAGUCCUCGCUCAUCAUGACCCUGAUUCGGGUCUCUGCUGGAUUCAUGGACACAUUCACCCCUAGUUUCUCAGUCAGUCCCUGGUGUUUUGGAUCUCUCCGUGGUUCUGACAGACCCGGUGGUGGCACCGGAGGCAGCUGACUGUUUUCAUCUGCACUGGACGCUGAGUGUUGAUGGUAGGAUGAUGAAUGUGUGUGUGUGUGUGUGUGUGUGUGCGCUCUUCCUCCAUCAGUGCUGGCGAGGGCGCGCUCACUCAGCGGAGAUGCGUCUGCGCGCGUGGACGUCCGGCAGGACGCUGAUUGGCUGCAGAUGACAUCAUCCAGCUCAGAUCUAUUGUUGGAAAGAGGAUGAGCUCAUCGUUUCUCAGUCAGUCUGACGGAGCUCAGAGAGGACGGAGGACGCAGCAGUGAGAGCAGAGAACAGAGUCUGCAGACCCGCAACACCCGCUCCGUGCUCCGGAUACACCAAGAGGACGAGUCGGGCGAUCUUCCACAGGGACACCCAGAAUAUGGUCUGGUCCCGGGAGAGAGAAGCAGAGCGGCCCCCGCUGUCCGUCAUCCUGCCGCGGCUCUACCUGGGAGCGGAGAGCGACGUGACGCAGGACCAGCUGGCCUCUCUGGGGAUCUCCUAUGUUCUGAGUGUGAGCCGCUGCAGCCCCCAGCCGUCCUUUCUGCCCCGCUCCAGAUACCUCCGUAUCCCCAUCGAUGACUCCCUGUGGGACGACCUGCUGCCCUGGAUCCCUCAGGCUCUACACUUCAUCGAUACAGCUAUGUCCUCUGGAGCCUCGGUCCUGGUUCACUGUGCAGCAGGAAUCUCCCGCUCCCCCGCUCUGGCUGUAGCCUACAUCAUGUACAGUCUGGGGAUGGACCUGGACCAUGCCUACAGGUUUGUGAAGGAGCGCAGGCCCUCCAUUUCCCCAAACUUCAACUUCCUGGGUCAGCUCCAGCACUUCCAGGGCACUCUGAGCCAGAAAGCCUCUGGUGGACAGCUCCUCCUGCCGUCCACCACCGACAGCAAGAGCCACACUUACAUCGGUCAGAAGGUGGAUUAUGAUGCUGAUGGUGUGAGCAGUGAUGUAGCAGAGGUGAAGCAGACACACACAGAGACUGACCAGCACACAGACAGCACGCAGCACAGACACUCGCAGUCUGAUGGAGGUGGGACCCAGCAGCUUUCUCUGUCAGGGAAACUUCGGACUCUCCAUCUGACUCUCAGUCAAAACCAGCAGCAGGUCCAGGCGCCGUGCCAGGUCCCAGCUCUGAGCCCACACGAGCCUGUCAAUCCAGCACCAAAGCCCACACAACUACAACUCCCAUCAGGCUCUGCUUCUCUGUCAGAGAAGCGAAAAAGCCUUUCCCUCUCUUUGACCCCUUUGGGAAUCAGCCCACCCCCCACAGCGAGCAGCACCCAGCAGGCAAGGGGCAGCACCACAUCCACAACUGUCCUCAGCAGGGGGGCAGGAGGAGGGCCUGAGACUCAGAGGGGCCCCGGCAACACCCACAGGGAACAGAGCCCCCCCCACGGCAUGUGCAGUAGAGCAGAGGUACAGAAGCCGGGCCUGCUGUCUCCCUUCAGCUUCACCCUCAACAAGCUGCUGGGCUGGGGGGAGAGGCUGCUGCUGGGGGGGGUCUUUGUGCACCCUGUAAGGAUGGGACAGCCUGCAUUGCCAUACAGAUGCUGAGGCCACUGGGGGUGGAGGUGGAGGUGGGGUGUUUGUACCUGUGCAUGUUAGACCACACGUCACGUCUACACACACACACACACACACACACACACACACAGGAGGUGUGGAAGAACUGAACUGUGUAUUUAUUUAUAACAGAGCUGAGUGUAAGAACACCACCUGAACACCACCCUCCACACUGACACAUCCUGUUAUUACCACUGACUCCACUCAGCUCCCCCUCUUUGUAAGAUGCAGUUAUUUUAAAGACUUUUGGCUUGAAAUAUAUUUCCUGAUGAUUAAAGAUGACAUUUCAACUGUG